GCAUGGAAUGAUGCAUUGACUGAUGUGUCUGGUACUGUUUUGAAUAUGUCCACAUACUUUAUUUCCACAUACUUUAUUUCCAUUUUCAUUUGCAUUAUUUGGAAGAAUUCAGUUGAAACGAAUUGUCCAGGUGGAUCAUAUGAAUAAUAGUUGAAGGCUGUUGUAUUUGAUUCAGAAUCUAUGCCUAAAGAAGUUGUUAUUCUUGCAGAAUGGAAUCUAAUGUAAAUAAGGAUGGGGUGCCUAGACCAUCUUAUGUUUUUAGUGCUGACCCAAUUGCAAGGCCUUCGGAAAUAAAUGUUGAAAGCAUUAAGCUGGAUCUCUCUCGUGAAUUUUCCUUAGUUGCUUCAAGCACUGAGGCAAACAGUUUGGAAUCCAAAGAUUAUCUUCAGGUUUGUCUUCGAAUAAGACCAUUCACACAGUCAGAAAAAGAACAUGAGUCUGAGGGCUGUGUGUAUAUGCUGGACUCACAGACUGUUCUGCUGAAAGAUCCUCAAAGUAUCCUUGCUCGGUUAAGUGAGAAAAGCUCUGGGCAGGUGGCACAGAAAUUCAGUUUUUCUAAGGUUUUUGGUCCAGAAACUACACAGAAGGAAUUCUUCCAGGGUUGCAUUAUGGAGCCAGUAAAAGACUUUUUGAAAGGACAAAGUCGGCUGAUUUUUACUUAUGGGCUAACUAAUUCAGGAAAAACAUAUACAUUUCAAGGCACAGAAGAAAAUACUGGCAUUCUGCCUCGAGCUUUGAGUGUAUUAUUUGAUAGUCUUCAGGGAAGACUAUAUACAAAAAUGAACCUUAAACCACAUAGAUCCAGAGAAUAUUUACGGUUAUCACCAGACCAAGAGAAAAAAGAAAUUGCUAGUAAAAGUGCAUUGCUUCGGCAAGUGAAAGAGGUUGUUAUGCAAAAUGACAGUUAUGAUACUCUUUAUGGAAGUUUAACAAACUCUUUGAAUAUUCCUGAGUUUGAAGAAUCUAUGAAAGAUUGUGAACAAGCUAGCUUCAAUAUGGAUAAUAACAUAAAAUUUUCUCUGUGGGUUUCUUUCUUUGAGAUUUAUAAUGAGUAUAUUUAUGACUUGUUUGUUCCUGUGUCAUCCAAGUUUCAGAAGAGAAAGAUGCUACGCCUUUCCCAAGAUGUAAAGGGCUAUUCUUUUAUAAAAGAUCUACAAUGGAUUCAAGUCUCUGAUUCCAAAGAAGCAUAUAGACUUUUAAAACUAGGAAUAAAGCACCAGAGUGUUGCCUUCACAAAAAUGAACAAUGCUUCUAGUAGGAGUCACAGCAUAUUCACUAUUAGAAUAUUGCAGAUUGAAGAUUCUGAAACGCCUCGUGUAUUGCGAGUCAGUGAAUUGUCUUUAUGUGAUCUUGCUGGUUCAGAACGAAGUAUGAAGACCCAGAAUGAAGGUGAAAGGUUGAGAGAGACUGGGAACAUCAACACGUCUUUAUUGACUCUGGGAAAAUGUAUUAAUGUUUUGAAGAACAGUGAAAAGUCAAAGUUUCAGCAGCAUGUGCCUUUCCGGGAAAGUAAACUGACCCACUAUUUUCAAAGUUUUUUUCAUGGUAAAGGGAAAAUAUGUAUGAUUGUCAACAUCAGCCAGUGUUGUUUUGCCUAUGAUGAAACACUCAAUGUGUUGAAGUUCUCAGCCAUUGCACAAAAAGUUUGUGUUCCAGACACUUUAAAUUCCUCUCAAGAGAAAUCACUUGGACCUCUCAAAUCUUCUCAAGAUAUGCCAUCAGACAAUAAUUCAGAUAAUAAAAUAUUAAAUGUAAAAAGAUCUACGAUUUCUUGGGAAAGUAGUCUGGAAGAUCUGGUGGAAGAUGAAGAUUUGGUUGAGGAUCUAGAAGUAGCUGAAGGAAACAAAAAUGUGGAGACUGAACUUACUGAUGAAGAGCUAGAUAAAACAUUAGAGGAAGACAAGGCUUCCAUUAGCCAUGAGGAGAAGAGAAAACUGUUGGACUUAAUAGAAGACUUGAAAACAAAGCUAAUAAAUGAAAAGAAAGAAAAAUUAACAUUGGAAUUUAGAAUUCGUGAAGAAGUUACACAGGAGUUUACUCAAUAUUUGGCUCAACGGGAAGCUGACUUUAAGGAAACACUCCUUCAGGAACGAGAGAUAUCAGAAGAAAAUGCCGAAUGUCGUUUGGCUAUCUUCAAGGAUUUGGUUGGUAAAACUGACACUCAAGAAGAACCAGUAAAUCAAGAUUGUGCCAUGAAAGUUGAAGCCAAAGAAGCACAUACUUACUUAGGAAUUGAAGAUAUUAUUGAUUCUCUUCAAGAUGAUGUCACUGAUAUUAAGAAACAGGCUGAAAUAGCUCACUUAUAUAUUACAUCUCUUGCUGACCCCCAGGAAGCUAUUGCUUGUUUAGAAAUAAAGUAUAAUCAAGUUAAAGCUGAAUUAGCUAAAACUAAAGAAGAAUUAAUCAAAACCCAGGAAGAGUUAAAAAAGAGAGAAAAUGAAUCAGAAAUUAACUUGAAUUCAUUGGUUCAAGAGCUUGAGAAAUCUAAUGAGAAAAUAAUUAUUCAGAAUCAAAGAAUUCAAGAGUUGCAAGAUUUAGUUAAUCAAAAAGAGGAUACUAUUAACAACUUUGAGAACCUAAAAUUUCAUGUGGAAGACACAUUUAAAAGCAGUGACAAGGUUGGUACAUCUGUAAUAAUAAACAAUAAAUUGGCUUAUAAUGAACCAGUUGAAAUGCCUAAGGACAACAAAAGUAAAACUUAUUCAGGAAGAAAAAGAUUAAACGAAAAUGAAUUUCAGCAAGAUGAGCCACCAGCUAAGAAAGGACCUGUACACAUUAGUCCAACUGUCACUGAAGACCAAAAGAAAAGUGAAGAAAUGCAAGAGAGCAUUUCAGAAAAUGAGGAAAACAUUCGAGUUGUACAAGAAAAUAAUGAUAAUGAAGAGCUGAAAGCAAGAUUACUCACUGUUGAGAAUGAACUUAGAAAUGAAAAGGAAGAAAAAGCAGAAUUAAGUAAACAGAUUGUUGCUUUGCAGCAGGAGCUUUCUUUUUCUAAGAAGGAGAGCUUUUCUUUAAGUAUGGAUGUCCAACAAAUUCAGUCAACUUAUGACAAUGCAAUUUCUGAAUUACAGAUGCAGAGAGGUAUAAAUCAAGAACAGGAGGAAAAGAUCAUGAAGUUGUCAGAGGAGAUAGAAGUCGCUAGAAGAACCAUUACUCAUAAUGUUUCACAAAUAAAAUUAAUGCAAGCAAAAAUAGAUGAACUACGAACCCUUGAUUCAUUUUCUCAGAUUUCAAGCAUAGAUUUACUCAAUCUCCAGGAUCUCUCACGUGGUUCUCAGGAGGAUGAUUUGCCAAAUACAAAGUUACACCCUUUGGAUAAUGAUUAUUUGGUAAGUAAGCAGGUUAAACCUAAUAGGGAAAGUUCUUUCCACUCUAGUAUUGAUGCCAUUUGGGUAGAAUGUAAGGAGAUUGUAAAGGCCUCCUCCAAAAAAAGUCAUCAGAUCCAGGAACUGGAACAACAAAUUGAAAAAUUACAAGCAGAAUUAAAAUGCUGUGAGGAUGAUAACAAGAGACUAAAAACAGAAAAUAAAAAUCAAGAUGACCUACUAAAAGGAAAAGAAAGUCUUAUACAGCAGCUGAAGGAAGAAUUGCAAGAAAAAAAUGUUAGUCUCAAUGUUCAAGUACAGCAAGUAGUUGAGGGAAAAAGAGCACUUUCAGAACUCACACAAGAGGUUGCCUGCUAUAAAGUGAAAAUAAAUGAACUUGAAGCCAUGUUAGGAACUCAGAAAGUUGAAUGUAGUCAUUCAACCAAGUUAGAACAAGAAAUUUUGGAAAAAGCAUCUAUCAUCUUGGAACUAGAAAAAAAUCUAAAGGAAUUUCAAGCAGAUCAUCAGGAUUGUAUCAAAAACAUCAAAGAUUUAAACGAAAGGGAAGUCAAGUUGAAAGAAGAAAUCACACGGUUAGCAAAUAAUUGGGAAGAUGCAAAGCAUUCCCUUCAAUUAAAGGAAGAAGAAAAAGAAACCAACUGGCAAGAGAUGGAAAAAUUGAAAGAGGAGCUCUCGGCAAGCUCUGCCCUUACCCAGAAUCUGAAAGCAGAUCUUCAGAGGAAGGAAGAAGAUAAUGCUGAGCUGAAAGAGAAACUGACUGAUGCCAAAAAACAGAUUAAGCAAGUACAGAAAGAGGUAUCUCUAAUGCGUGAUGAGGAAAAAUUACUGAGGAUUAAAAUGAAUGAACUGGAGAAAAAGAAAAACCAGUGUUCUCAGGAAAUGGAUAUGAAACAGCGAACCAUUCAGCAACUCAAGGAGCAGUUAAGUAACCAGAAAGUGGAAGAAACUAUACAGCAGUAUGAGAGAGUGUGCAAAGAUCUAAGUGUUAAAGAAAAAAUAAUUGAAGACAUGCGGAUGACACUAGAAGAACAAGAACAAACUCAGGUAGAACAAGAUCAAGUGCUUGAAGCUAAAUUAGAGGAAGCUGAAAGGCUUGCUACAGAAUUGGAAAAAUUGAAAGAAAAAUGCAAAGAUCUGGAAACCAAAAGUAAUCAAAGUUCAAAUGAAGAACUUGAGGGUAACACAGAUGUGCUUAGUAAAAAGCUCAAUAAACUUCAAGAUGAGUUACAGAAAUCUGAACAGAAAUAUAACUCUGAUAGAAAGAAAUGGUUAGAUGAGAAAAUGAUACUAAUCACUCAAGCUAAAGAAUCUGAGAAUCUACGAAACAAAGAGAUGAAAAAAUAUGCUGAAGACAGAGAGCGUGGUUUAAAGCAACAAAACGAAGUGGAAACACUGACAGCACAGCUGGCAGAGAAAGAUAGCAACCUUCAAAAGUGGCGAGAAGAACGGGAUCAACUGGUUGAAGCUUUAGAAAAGCAGCUGAAAGCACUGAUAUCCAGUAACUCUCAAAAAGAUAAUGAAAUUGAACAAUUGAAAAAAAGGAUCACAUCAGUGGCUUCGAAAACAGAAAAAGAAACCGUGGAUAUCAAGCCCAUGCAUAUGAGUUCAACAGAUCUUGGUGGAGUUGAAACUGAACCUCAGUCUACAGGUUUUGAAAUUUCCAGCAAUGAAGUAGAGGAUGAAUUUGUAGUUCUUGACUCUUGUGAAGUGUCAACAGAAAAUAAUCAAACUACUCGAUUUCCAAAACCUGAGUUAGAGAUUCAAUUUACACCUUUACAGCCAAACAAAAUGGCAGUGAAACACCCUGGUUGUGCCUUACCAGUAACGGUUAAGAUUUCCAAGGCUCGGAAGAGGAAGAGCAACGAAAUGGAACAGAGUACUAUAUUUUCAAGCUGGUGGAAGAGCAGAAGUAGUACUAACUAUACUCCUGAGGCUCUCCGUCAGGAGUUGGUGAAAUGUGAAAAUAAGAAUACUACACCCAGAACUAAUUUGAAGUCCCCUAUUUCCGAGCAUAAAAAUUCUCCCGUCAAAAAGGAACAAAAGGUUUCCUCACAGUCAUCAUCUCAUAAAACAUAUUCUUUACGGAGUCAGGCAUCUGCAGUUAAUGUAAACUUGACCGCUAAGAAAAAAGAAGGAACACUACAGAAAUUUGGAGACUUCAUACAACGUUCUCCAACAAUUCUUCAAUCAAAAGCAAAGAAAUUAAUUGAAACGAUGAGCUCUUCAAAGCUCUCGAAUGUAGAAGUAAGUAAAGAAAAUGUAUCUCGACCAAAACGGGCCAAACGGAAAUUAUACACAAAUGAAAUUUCAUCUCCUAUUGAUAUAUCCGGCCAAGUGAUUUUGAUGGAUCAUAAAGUGAAGGAAAGUGAUCAUCAGAUUCUCAAACGACGACUUCGAACUAAAACAGCCAAAUAAACCACUAUGGAGAAGGUUUUAAUAUAAAUUUUAUAUUCAUAAUCAUUGUAAUUUGCAUCCUGACUUUAAAGAUAGUUGUAUAUAUUAUGACAUUAAAUCCUUCUGUAUAUACAUCACUAUUUUAUAUAUAGUGUAAUUUUAAUUCAAUAAAGAAAAUAAGUCAA